AUGAAGAAAGAUGUUAGAAAAUUUGGAAACUUAACUGUGGAAGAAAGGAACAGAACUGAAAUUUCGUUGCUAAAAAUAGCACAGCGAGAAUCUUUCACGGGACCUCAUGAUAAGCAACUACAGAAUCUCCAAGUUCUUGAGGAUGAUAAUGGACUUUUUCGAAUUAAGACUAGACUCUCGUUAAAAGACGACUUGGAGAAUUUCAAAUUUCCUAUUGUGUUACCAAGUGAUCAUCCAAUAGUUGAAAAGCUUGUUCACUGGAAACAUUGUUCUCUUGGUCAUGCAGGUGUUCAGAUUGUAAUGACCCAACUCAGAGAAGAGUUCUGGAUUCUGAAGUACAGAAAGAGUGUUCGCAAAGUUAUCAGAAAGUGCAUAAUUUGCAAACGAUUCUAUUCACGACCAAUCGCAACUCCAACAGCUCCAUUGCCUGUUGACCGUAUAAGAGCAGCUUCUGUAUUUGAAAUUACAGGAAUAGAUUUUACAGGGCCUCUCUAUCUGAAGGAAAAUCAGAAGUCGUGGAUUGUCAUUUAUACCUGUGCUGUGUUUAGAGCAAUACAUCUGGAACUGACUACUUCACUGUCCACUGAAAGUUCUCUACAGACUUUUCGAAGAUAUGUGGCUCAUAGAGGAAGACCAGCUAUCGUUUACUCAGACAAUGGAACAAACUUGGUUGAAGCGAACAAUCUUCUUUAA